AUGGAUCAGACCCUCGGCAAUUUAAACACCUUGUAUUCUUGGGCUGAGCGUGGUCAUUCGAUAUACUGGCUUGACGAGAAAAACGCUGUGCUCGCGCUUCAGACAGGCAAACAUCACAUCAACAUCGACGCUUCACGCGAGGGACCAAGCUGCGGGUUAAUACCAAUUGGGAAACCAGUUGCUUCAGUUUCAACCGAUGGCCUCAAAUGGAACCUGAAUUCCCAAAAGCUUGCCUUCGGAAAAGACGGUUUGGUGAGUACUUCAAACUGCAUUGUAGAACAAGUUGUGUCCGUCGAGGUUUCUCAUCCCCUCAUAUGGACAUGUGAAUUACGGUACGGCCCAAUGACAUAG